UGUCGCCACAGCCAAAACAGACUCUAGCAGUAAAACAGCAGCCAUUUCUCAUGAAGACGACUCGUGGGGCAAACUUUUUCAGACUUUCAUCGGCUUCGGCUAGAACCCCAAGUUGUCACACUCACUUGUUCGCCGACCGUCGACGAGGUCGCAACCGGAGCCGGCGUCUACGUCGCGUGAAUGCGAAUUUUUGAAAACUAAUAUAAUAAUGGGAUUCCGGAACUGUUGGCCAUAAUUCGCCAUACCACUGAAAAUGCCUGUAAAUUGUGAAUUUAAUUUAUCGCGUGCCGCCGCUGUUUACUACACGGGCGAGCGAAUUUCGGGCUCGCUCACUGGGACAGUUGACGGGAAAAAACCUUUCCCAUUGGAGGGCGUGAGUAUCACUCUGCACGGAGUCUCGUCGGUUCACUGGCGGGAGUCACCUCGGGGUCCCCCGGAAAUCGAGCAUAAUGAGUUGGAGAGUGCCGAAGUGGACUUCAAGGGCAGCAAGGUUCACAUAAGUCAAACAAGGAGGUUGACCGAAGGUCUACGCCUGCAACCUGGUGUUUUCCGAUUGGGGGAGUUCCAGUUCCAGCUCCCUGAAUCUCUGCCAGCCACCUGCAGACUUCCCUUCGGCAACGUGGAGUAUUUGCUAAAGGUUGUCAUUGAAAGGAGGGGAAAGUACAACAAGUGCUUUCAGCAGCGACUGGUGAUAAGGAAGAGUCUGGAAUUUGGCGAUCUACAACCGCAAGUUGGGGAAACAUCGAACAUCAGGCUUACUCUCCCCCGAAGUGUUUUUGUUCCCGGGCAAACUGUAACCUAUGAGGUGACUUCAAAAGACGGAGUCUUGGACUUAAGAACUCGGUUGUGUAGGCUAACCAGCUUCGCAAGUCAGGACCCUGCUGCUAAGACCAAAACAGUGGUAGAGGUUCUAUCAGAGUGUUCGGACCUAAAAGGAGAUCUUCGCCUGCCUCUGACAGCCCCUAUUAUGAGUCAUCCGGAUCAAGUGGAGCCUAUACAAAUCCGUUACUUCAUCGAGGCAUUUAACUUCCUCGAUGCUCCUAUCAAACUGCCCAUUUUUGUGGCCACAGCAGCACCGCCAGUCCCGUCCCCCACGGAAUCCUCCCGCCUUUGCUUCGUUAACAUGGCCUUGAGCCAGAGCGAGCUGUUUGGGCCAAUUAAUCAGUUUGUGGCCCACAGCUGUUCCCGGGAAACUGGCGCCUUGGCGCUGAACAAACAGCUUGAACGCAUCAAGUUACUGAAAGGCCCGAAGAGAAAACAGUCGUACGUGCAAGAAGCUUUGCGGUACUUGUAUAAUAAAGUACUACCCUGACACGUUCCUAAACAGCUGCAACAAAGGGAUUUACUAUAAAAAUGAAUAGCAAAUAAUUCAUAUAUAAGUUGAAAAUUUUAUUUGUUCCCUCUUUUAAAUUUGGAAAAAAUAGAAGAAUUUAAAAAUUUA